GAUCCACCCACCUCAGCCAAACAAAGUGCUGGGAUUACAGGCACGAGCCACUGCACCCAGCUGAUACUACCACUAUCCCCAUUUUACAGAUGAGCACUUGGGCAAAUUGAAGGUAAGGCACUGACCCAGCAUCAGACAGCUGAGAAGUGGCAAAGGCAGGAUUUGAACCCAGAACCUCUGGCUCCACACACUAGUAAUCUAAACCACUCUCACUACACUACAACGUACGUGGUAAAGCCGUGUGGUGGGCACGUAAUCAAUGUAGGUCCCUUCACAGUUGCUGGGAGAGGCAGGAAUUCGCAGUUCCUCUGAGUUCUCCUCUUCCGCUGCCCACCUGUCCUAGGUCACUCCUGCAGCCCUGCCCUGCCCUGCCUGUUCUCACCCUCCCUCUGCCAACAGAAUUCGGGGCAGGGUUUUAUGGGCUCUGAUAAGGCCCUGGCAGGGCCGAAGUUCAUCAGCACUUCCUCUUUGCAGGAGGGCCUAGGGGAGGGGACCCAGGUGAUUUGGGUCCUGGCUGGUCACCAGGGAAGCUGUCAAGGGAAGGGAGACUAGGGUGCGCUCUAGGAGAAGCCGAAAGCCUGAGAGUCCCGGAAGAGAGCCCUAUGGAUCCUCCCCUGCCAGCCACGCCCUUACCCUGGGUAUAAGAGCCACCACCGCCUGCCAUCCGCCACCAUCUCCCACUCCUGCAGCUCUUCUCACAGGACCAGCCACUAGCGCAACCUCGAGCAAUGGCCUAUGUCCCCGCACCGGGCUACCAGCCCACCUACAACCCGACACUGCCUUACCACAAGCCCAUCCCAGGCGGGCUCAGCGUGGGAAUGUCUGUUUACAUCCAAGGAGUAGCCAGUGAGCACAUGAGGAGAUUCUUCGUGAACUUUGUGGUGGGACAGGACCCGGGCGCAGACAUCGCCUUCCACUUCAAUCCGCGGUUUGACGGCUGGGACAAGGUGGUCUUCAACACCCUGCAGGGCGGGAAGUGGGGCAGCGAGGAGAGGAAGAGAAGCAUGCCCUUCAAAAAGGGUGCCGCCUUCGAGCUGGUCUUCCUAGUCCUGGCUGAGCACUACAAGGUGGUGGUAAAUGGAAAUUCCUUCUAUGAGUAUGGGCACCGGCUUCCCCUGCAGAUGGUCACCCACCUGCAAGUGGAUGGGGAUCUGCAACUUCAAUCAAUCAACUUCAUCGGAGGCCGGCUCCCCCCACCCCAGGGACCCCCAAUGAUGCCACCUUACCCUGGUCCCGGACAUUGCCAUCAACAGCUGAACAGCCUGCCCACCAUGGAAGGACCCCCAGUCUUCAACCCGCCUGUGCCAUAUUUCGGGAGGCUGCAAGGAGGGCUCACGGCUCGAAGAACCAUCAUCAUCAAGGGCUAUGUGCCCCCCGCAGGCAAGAGCUUUGCCAUCAACUUCAAGGUGGGCUCCACGGGGGACAUAGCUUUGCACAUUAAUCCCCGCAUGGGCGACGGUACCGUGGUCCGGAACAGCCUUCUGAAAGGCUCGUGGGGAUCCGAGGAGAGGAAGAUCACGCAUAACCCAUUUGGUCCCGGACAGUUCUUUGAUCUGUCCAUUCGCUGUGGCUCGGAUCGCUUCAAGGUUUUCGCCAAUGGCCAGCACCUCUUUGACUUCACCCAUCGCCUCUCGGCCUUUCAGAGGGUAGACACGGUGGAAAUCCAGGGUGAUGUUACCUUGUCCUAUGUCCAGAUCUAAUCUAUUGCUGGGGCCAUAACUCAUGGGAAAAUAGAAUGAUCCCCUAGGACUCCUUUCUAAGCCCCUAAUAAAAUGUCUGAGGGUGUCUCA